GAGGGAGAGAAGGAGAGAUGAAUUAAAGUUCUCCUUAGGAUUAGGUCUCUGUUGGGCAACUGAGAAGGACUGAACAACUGAACUACCUCUAACAGGAUUUGUCCAGCAUCACACUAACAAAGGAACCUUAGGAACCUUACAGGUGUAUUUCGGAUUACGACGAAGGACAGAUUUGGCUCCAGCAGCUGUUUUGAUAAAGGAAAGACACUGGACAGUGUUGUUUUUAUAUUUAACAUUCAACAAUACCUCUGCCCUAAUGUGGCCUACAACAUAACCACACCUCCUUGCUCCUUGUUGGGUCCGCAUCUCCUUACCAGCACUCGCCCCAAGCGCCUAAAAAUGAAGCUUUACUACUCACUACCCUCAGUGUCCCUCUCUGCUCUUCUGAGAAGAAGGGAUGGAUGGACCAUUGUUCUCCAUGUGCUGCUACUUAUUUCAGAGUGUUUGGGGAGUAGUAUCCCAGGUUCAGAGCACAGUGAUUACACCUCCCACCCUCGUUUUAUCUGCACGCCCCUUCCUGUUGAUGCUGACCCUGCUUGCUUCCCUCCUGGGGCCGUCCCAGGAGCUGGUGGGCCAGGUAUGGGCGGGCACCAUGGUAAUCAUCACUCCGGUCCAGGUGCAAGCAGCAAUGCCUGGUGGGGCAUGUCAGAAGAGGCCAAAGCCACCAUUCUGCACCUGCGGGAGAGCCUAGUGCAGCAGAAAGAAACCAUCCUGGACCAGAGGGAAACCAUUCGUGAGUUGACUGCCAAGCUGACCCUGUGCCAGGGCUUCGGACACACCCUGAGUUCCCAUGAUAAUGAACGCCACCACGUGCCCCCUCACCUGGCCCAUCAUACCUAUGCCCAUACAACUGAAGGAAGUCACCAUGGCUAUGGUCCUGACACUGGUUACUAUGGCACUCAUCCCACAGAGCCUAGCCACUAUGGGCAUCACCGGGGAAAGGCAGCACUAGGUGAUAAGUAUUCUAGCAGUGAUUUGACACCUUCACCCUCGUCCACUCCAGAGCAGAUGGGGAGAAUGCUGACAACCCUUAAAGAGAGGCUGGAGAACAUACAGACGCGGAACACCUCCACCACCUACUCCAGCUCACUCAAAGACCUGCUGCAGCGCAAGAUCGCUGCCCUUGAGCUUCAAAUGCUGCACCACACUACCUCACCCACCAACCCCUACCACCACGACAGUGACGAGGAUGAAGGUGAGGAUCACCACGAUGGUCAUCAUGACGACAUUGGUCAUGACAACCACAGUGAUGACCAUGAGCACCACGUCGAUGACCACGAGGGACAUCAUGACGGGCAGCAUGAUGGUGACGAUCAUCAUGAUGACAUCCAAGACCAUCACGACAGCUACGACGAAAUUCACCAUGAAAAUGGAGAGCACGAAGACAGCCACCAUGAUAACGAGGCCGCUGGGCACGGCUAUCCAAAAACGUCAUAUCACUCACAAAGCCACUCCGGGCAGAGCAAGCUGGACGCAGUGCUGAACCACCUCACACACCGGCUCUCAGAGACAGGCUCAAGGAAGAAGAGCAAAUCUCCUGCAGGUUUCCAGAUCGGAUUUCCAAUGCGCACCAACUACAUGUACGGCAGAGUGAAGAGAACACUGCUGCACGAGAUCUUUGCCCUGACGCUGUGUCUCUGGAUAAAAGGAGGAGCAGGACCUGGUCUGGGAACUCCAUUCUCCUACUCUGUCCCAGGACAGGCCAACGAAUUAGUGCUGAUCGAGUGGGGAAACAACCCAAUGGAGCUGCUGGUCAAUGACAGGGCCGUAACCUUGCCACUGUCACUGAGUGGUGGGAAAUGGCAUCAUGUGUGUGUGACAUGGUCAACAAGAGACGGACUGUGGGAGGCGUAUCAGGAUGGAGUGAAGAGGGGAUCUGGAGAAAAUUUGUCAUCUUGGCACCCAAUUAAACCUGGAGGAGUGUUCAUACUGGGACAGGAACAGGACACGCUGGGUGGGCGUUUUGAUGCUACUCAGGCGUUUGUGGGUGAGAUCUCAGACCUGCAGCUGUGGUCCCAUGUCCUCACACCCCACGACAUCUACGGUCUGGCGUCCUGUGGAAGUCACAUGACCGGUGACAUAAUCGCCUGGACGGAGUCAGUGGUUGAGCUGCAUGGUGGGGUCACCAAGUACCCCUUUGACCCCUGCCACUGAGAUCAUCCACUGUGAUCUUUUGGUCUGAAUUAUUCAAAAACAAAAUGACUUUAUAUGUGAAGCACCAACUAUGAAUAAAAACCAAACAAAAACAACAACAAAAAAAUAAGAACAGUGACUGAAACACCACAAACCUCAGUAUUUGCAUUUCAUGUAAAUGGCCUUCUCUUAAGCUAACCUAAAGAACCCUUAUCCAAACCAGGAGACUGCACAGACUCCAGCUGCAUUCACACAAACACACACACACACACACACACACACACACACACACACACACACACACACAGACAUACACAAACGCAUGGUCAUAGGGAUGGAUAAGUGCUUUCCUCUUGGGCAUAAAGGCAGUCAAUGGUCAGAGGGGAAGGCCAGGUAUUUAAAGUCUGUGAGACACAACCCAAACCUGGCAACCUUCCAUUCAUGGCAAUGAAAGACUACCAAUGUCAACUUUUACAUAAUCACUUCCUUAGAAACCAGAGAAAACCUGACGUGAUACAUGAACAGUACUAGUUACAAAUUCAGACACACCCUCUUAGGGUUUUUUCUACUCAAUUUUAGAAUAAACGGAGGAAAAUCUGAAAUAUUUCCUUCCAAACAAAUAUAAAGAAUUUAUAAGAUAUUAAUAAAAAUCAACUCUACAAAAAAAUCAUAAAAACUCAUGUUACAGCAGUAUUAAAUGGUUGAUUAUUUUCCAAUAUUUUCCCAUAACAUUCUGUGGAUAUCCUUUAUUAUUGUUUUAUGUUUAAUGUAUAAAAAACACAAACACACUUUACCUUUUUAAAAUGCCUUUUAUUUUGACGCAUCAGAAGGACACAAAAAGCACCCUAACCACCUAUAUAUAUAUAGUCAGAAGUCACAGGACAUCCUUCUAUUUUAGAAACGGCAAGUGAUGGGCCUGGAAUAUGGAAUAAAAGGGUGUCCUGCGACUUUUGACUCACCUGGUGUCCAAAUGUUUGACUGAGUCUACAUGUUCUAUGUUCUGUGAAUUUUUGUUAUUUAUUGUUAUGUAUGCACUGUAUGAAUGAGUUUAAUUGUUGAUGAAUGAUAUAAUGGAGUUAAGGACUGUGUCUAGCAGGAAGGCACAGUUUUGAGUAAGAGAAUUUUAGAUUUUGCCUUUGUAAAAUAGAUUAUAUAUGAGCCUUGUUUUUUUUUUUUAAAUGUGUCUCUGGACUAAGAAACACUGAAAGAUACAGCAAUACCAAAGAACAGAUAGACUGUGUAUAGCAGUAAUUCAGGGUUUGUAAAUUGUUAAAUAAUAAAUGUAUUUUCAUGUUAAAUGUAGUCUUUUUAGACAUAUUAAGUUUCAAUAUAAACGUCUAAUUUCAUUCAUAUGAAAAAAGUUCAUAUGAUGUGCUGUCAGACUUUCUGACUUGUAAGCUACUGUAUGUGACCAACUGACACACCACAGUGAUACCAAAACUGUAUGUACUUAAUAGAUGUAUUGCAAUAUAUACUCUCGAGUGCUUUCUGCUAAUAAGAAAUAAAGUCAAGUUGUUUUAUUCUGUAAAUACUUGGCUGGAUAUCCUGGUUAAAAUAUUGCAGAUGUUCUCAGAUGGUCUACCCACAUUACCCAACUUUUUGUAAUUCAUGGUGUUUAAUUAGCCUGUACAGUGAUGCAGAUUUAGCCUGUGGAUGUUUUUCUAGUGAUUUUUUUUCACAGUGACCUUCAGUCCACAGGAAUGUCUAUAUUUAUGAACUCUAGCAUGGUAAUAUGUUCAAUUCUGUUUUUUUUUUAAAUUGUCAUUGUAAACACUGCUUUGUUUAUAUGUUAUAAGACAUAAAUAUGAUCAGUUUGAAUUGUUAA